AUGGGUUCUGUUGCGCCAAGCGCCCGUGCCAACGCUGAAAGCCCUGAAAACCUCGCAAUGGACCUUGACCAGCUGACCAAUGAGGUCUCGAAAUUGACCACUGCAGACACUGCACGUCCGAAACGAGACCUGCGCAUGUAUGCGGUGCUACCUGCCGAAUUGACGCACACGAUCCUGUUGAACAUCGACUUGGAAACAGCCCUGCUUAGUCGUCAAGUCUCUCGUGGAUGGAAAUUUAUGAUCGACUGCCACGAGCCCACUUGGAGAAGGUAUGGGGCGCACUUGCGAUUGAUACCGGACGAGGCUUCUCCGCUUCCUGGCAAAGCACAACAGGGAGCACGAAAACCAAGCAACGAUAGACAAUGUGAUGAAGCUUGGACGAGCUUGACAGGUCACUUCCAGCAAUGUGCCUCGUAUCGACAAUUGUGCGACAGCUAUCGACGUCUCAGCAGCAGCUGGCGCACCAACCGAAGCAUACUAGAGCCAUGCCAUUCCAGGUCUCCGAAAAUUUGGUGGUACGGCGCUCUUUUCAAGAUCGAAGGGCUUUUCAACGGCCCCAUGGGCAUGUGUCUCGGUCAUCAGAUGGGUUUUUCAUUCGACCCUCGUCCUCCAAUCCGCCUCGAAAUGCCUUUUUGGCGGGGAUACAGUGGCAAGAAUGACCAAGUCAUGUUACUGCACGGCAACUUCCUUCUGAAGUGCAGAAAGCAUCGAGAAACAGCUGUUGUGAUAGUAGAUGAAGCUCGCUUCACUCGAUCAGAUGGACAUGUUGCAUUCAAUACACACUGGAAUUUGGCGGAUGCUAACCACAUAGAGGCAUGCUGCUACGGCUGCUUCCAUCAUUCGCACGUGCGGAACCGCGACUACGAGGCUUUCCAAGCUCAAGCACCUUAUGCUGACGGUUUCACGAGGCGCGGGACCAUCCAGCUCUUCUACACUCUCGCGUUUGCAGAGACUGUCAGCAUCACUCGCGCGUCAUAUCCAUCUCUCGUCUCACGGGACAUGGGAGUGUUUCAAGCGCGCGGUCGGAGACUUGGACUGUUCAAGAGAGCUGAUUGUGCGGACUUGCCUUUCUCCCAAAGUCUCUACUUUUGCGCUUGGCAGCUGGGUUUCCGCGUCUAUCUGGCCUCGAGCCGGCAGCUCACGGACGAAGUGGUCACAGAGGUUUUCGCCCUGCGACAAGGGUUCUCACCGGAAGAUACAGGCAGCGUUGAGACCGAUGUUGACUCUAAGAUUGAUCUUGCUAUCGGAAUCAUACAGCGCCAACAAGGUUCGGAACGCUCCAUCAAUAGCUCGGCGAGAAUAAGUUGGUCGACGCUGACUCCAGAUCCGUCGAGGUACUUAUCUGACCCCACCACGUACAGAGAAGCAGCAAGGUGGGUAGCGCCUCGAACGCGUUCGAAUCCUGCGAGUGCUGAUCUUGCUCCCUCGGAUUUAGCGGAGGGCUUGUGAACGUACUGAGGACAAAGUUGGUGUGUGACAUGAGCCGAGAUUCAACAUUCUCGCCGCCGCGCUGACUUCUAUACCCGGACGGCAGUACGACGUUGCACGCGCUGAUUGGGGCGACAUUCACAGUAUCGGCGCCGACACUCGCACGCAAACGUUGGUGGUUGCGUACCAUUGGGGCUUGUUGCUCUGCCGUCCUUUCUCGGCCUUCCUUCCGUCCAGUUCUGCGCGCCUUUCUCUUGGCAUGAUCGUCUAUUUCAACACUCGUGACAGCGUGUCUCCAGAUGGGAACCUGAUUGCAAGAUGGUCGAGAGGUCUGGCUGUCUUCGAUGGUCGCGUGUGUCAUUCCAUCGAGCACGGCGUUCCUUUGGACGGAGACGAAGUUACUACUACGGUCUUCCUGACAGAUCUAGACCCUAAUCGAAUGCACGCUACCGCUGAUGCCUCAGAGCAACCUCUCGAUCGCUGCACCACGCGCAUCCUCUCGGAAGAAGAGGUGCCGCCGAUCCAUCUGGCGCGCAACGAACCUUAUCGAUUUGUAGUGACGGACAUUGCGAUGGAUGCUACCGGGGUCUACCUUCGAGAACCCACACAGCUCAAGUACUUCGAAUUUGGCCUGGCGGUCGACCAUGCGUAG